AUGUGCGAGCUUUUGCCGGCCACGGCGGCUACCAAGAGGAUGGGCCCGGGCUCUGGCGCCGCGAGCACGGCGGGACGGAGGUCGACACUGGUCAGCACCGCGGCUGGUGACGCCGCGAGGCGCCCGCCAACUCUCGGCGACGGCGAGACGAUGCAAGAUGUGCAGCUCUCGGCAGACGUCGAGGCGCUCGAGCUGCGGUGCAACGAGCCGCUUCGCUCCCGUACGACCCGCUUGUACAGUGACAAGUGUGUGUGGCACGGCUCGCUCCCGUACGACCCGCUUGACUUCCUCACCAGGGUGGGGCAGACGUUCCCAGGCUCGACGCCUGAAAGUGUUGUCCUAUCAUCCGCGCUCGUCGGCGACUCGACCGACUUCCCCAGCGAGAGUGUUGCGAGCAACAGGGUCGCCACGAUAUCAGCGGCCGUGAUGCGCGUGAUCAUUCCCCGCGAGUACGCGAGUAGCAAACAUUCAUAA